AAUCAAAUGCAUAUGGGGAUGCCCGUGCAAGUUUUGGUUGCAUGUGGCAUCGUGUACUUGCACAUGUCUUCUGCUAACAUAUUAUCUUUGACUAUGUAGCCACAAAGUAAUGCACGUGUGUUUGUUUACAUGUUAUUGCAUGCGGGAAUAUAUGAAUUUUGUUGUGACUUUGACAGAAAUUACAGAGCUACCUGAAGUUAGAUGAAAUAUGACAUUCCUCUGCAGCAUUCACUAGCUAUCCUUUCCUAACGUCUAGAAACAAGUGUUGCAUGACAUGAGAAAUGGUUAUAUGUUGGGAGUAGUGUUACAUUUAUAAAGGAGGGAAUAUUCAGAUUGAAGUGUUACAUACAGUUAUGAGAAAAAUGGCUCUGAAAGGACUUAAACGACGUGCAUCCAUUGCCAACAGUGUUCAUCCAGAAAAGAAGAGUAAAGGAUUUUCAGUUAACUCAUUUCUAAAUAGUUUGCAGCAGCCCGAAUGCCUCACAUCUUUGAAGUCAUUUGUGAAUUUGAGCAAAUCCUUUGAAACUGUUGAUGACGAUGUUGUUAAGGAAUACUUAGCAAGUGAUGCUGGUCUUGAGGAGAUUCUGAAGUGUGUGAAUGUUAAUGAGAAGAAGAACCUGGCCCUUGCAACAGCUGCUUUUUCUGCUGUUCGUGUCAUAUUAAUGAGGAUUCUCUCUGAUUUACCUCAGUUUUACAUUAAGGCAGAAGUUGGAUGUAGGUAUCUUUUGCGUGCAUUCUUGCCCAUAAUCAACACAAUGCUGUCACUGAACAGUAAUGCUCAUCAGAGAAAAAUUGUUUUGAGGCUCUUGACAGCUGUUGUGACCGUCAGUUCUGAACUGGCACAUGAGGUGGCAGUACAAAUAACACUGAGCCCUCCUGUCUUGGAGCUUCUUGUAAAACAUUCACAGGCAUCAGAGGAGAAACACAAUGUGCGAAGUUGCUUCAUACAUUAUUUAUUGUCAUUCUUUGUGAGUGGAUCGGAUUUUACUAUUCGCCUACUUCUUGAUAGAAAAGGAUAUAUAAACAGCAUAAUUCCUGGCCUUCUGUAUGAUAGUGCUGACUUGGUAGUUCUGGUAUUAGCUACGUUACGAUCUAAAGUGCUAGAAAACCCAUCAGUCUCAAAGACCAACAAAUUGCGAACAUUUAGUGUUCCUAUAAUUCGGUCUCUUAUAGGCUUGUAUGAAUGGAAAGGUCCUCAGAAAUGGAAAGGAGAUGCUGAUAGUCUGAUACAACAGACAGACGAACAGGAAGGCAAAUCUGUGGUGUGUGAAUCAGUGCACGAGUUCCUGAUUGUACUGUGCACUUCUCGAAAGCAUGGAAUUGCAUUCAUAGAUAAAACCUUAGGUACAUCCGGUAAUAAACAAAAUCCAGUGCUGUAUGGUGUUCUACAGGGGUUGGAUCAGCCUUGGGACAAUGUUUUUACAUCAGAGUUAGUUGUAAAAAUAUUACAAUUGUGUCCAGAUUUAGUCAAAAGUACACUGGCAAACACAGAAUCUUUUCUUCCACCGAGGCCAUCAAUAAAAUGGGAGAAAACAGUUUCUUUUGUAGAAAAGGUAGUAACAUCUAUGGAGCCAGAGCAUCUGAAAUCAUUUGCUGAAUCUGCACACAAAAAUGCACAUGACAACCGACUGUUGAGUUUGGUGCUAACUCUUACAGUUCCUACUGUGCCACUGAGAGUUGUGGGUGAAGCUGGUGUCACUCAUUCUCAUUUGGCUGUCAGGCAUCGGACUGUAUUACUGCUAGUGACCCUUCUUUUACGUCUGAGGUAUUAUCAGAUGAAGUUAAGGCAUUGGGGAGUGAGUUUAUCUGCAGAUGCCGUGUCAGCCUACCUUAUACAGCAUCUUCCAGAUGCACAGUUAAUUCAUCAGACCUGGGGAAAACAGGAUGAUAGUCUUGUUGAACAAGAUGAUAGGAAUGAUGGGCCAUCUUUACCAGACACUGGUGACUAUGAAUGUGCUCUGCUCCAGCUGCUUCUUCUGUAUCAGCAAAUGUGUCCGCAGCUAAUUGAUAUAGCUGUUAUGUCACAGUGGAUACGUUCAUUAUUGCCUAAUCUGCUGGAAUUAGAACCCAACAAGGAUUUUCCACUUAUGCUAGCAAGAGCUACAUUUCUUUCACUGUCCACUGACAGCUCUAUUCUAAAGCCUGAUUCGGAGAUCUUCAGAAAAGUAUCACUAGCUCUGUUCAGUUUAGUGGCCCAAGGCUCUAAACCUGCUAGGCAAGCACUUUCUGCACUGUUUGAUGCAUCAGGGCAACUAGAGGGUGCACAAAGAGAGUUGCUAGUUUGGCUACACAGCUACACUACAAUGAUGCCUGAUAGUCAGCAAGAAGUUGCUUACUUCAUUGUGAACACUAUUCAGCAUCUAGCACAUGACUCUGCUAGUUAUCUGAAAAUUUUACAAAGUGCAGAAGAAGAAGCCUCUACUUUCCAGACAUAUGCCUCGCAUCAUGUUCCUGCUGGUUCCUUGCAGGAGCUCUUGGAUGAUCUAAUGGAAGAUCACCAUACCCCUACCUGCAUGGCCAGAACAAUGGAGAACCAUGAAUCUUCAAGUCUUCUGCUUGUAGCAGCAUUGUUUACAGGAAAAGAAGACUCUGAUGAAGAUUGUGUAGGUGCUGUUCCAUAUUUCCUGUCACAUGUUGUUGUGUGUCUAUUUCACCAGCAGGCCUCUCCCUCAUUGCUUUCUUCCUUGGUACAUAUGCCUCACUGCCGCUUGCCACCAGCAGUUGUGAGCUAUAUUGACAGUUGGUUCAAGUCACCAGCAGCACACCCACUCGGAAAGCCUUUUCCACCUUCUUGUCCAUUAAGAAAGCUCAGCAAAAAGCUACUGAAAACUGACACACACAUUGAUGAGAAACCAUUAGCUAUUGUUAAUUUCUUUGACUCCAUGGAAGUAAAUGAUGAUCCAGAACUGAUAAUGUCUUUGUUUGACCAGACACUGUUUUAUGCAAGUCGUCUUGCUAUGCACAAUGCACUUACACUUGUUGUAUAUGAAAAAUGCAAGUACACUCUUCAGAAUCUUAUGGAGAUAGCAAAUAAACUAGAGCAACCAGAACAGUUAAGUGGCUUGUCAUCCAUAGAUUGUGUUGUUUUUGAAACAGCCAGUGCAGCUCAAGAGUUUGUUGUUGAGAAGUGUCUGAAAGUAGCUUUGAGAAACAAGAAUGUUGUUGAAAUGUUUAAUCCACUGUGCAAUGACCAGCAUCAGUCUGAUAUGCUGAUGACAGAUUUAAUAUGUUUCUUAAUGUCCUCUGCCAAUUGUUUUGUGAGAAAUAAAUCUAAUCUCUGCAACAUUCUUGAUCCACUAAAAAUGAAAUUUAUGAGUGAGAUAGUGAGGCAAACAUCAAGCAAAAGAAAGCGAUCCACAGAGUUUACAAGAGAUUUGUCAAACAUACUAGUUUGUUUCACACUGGAACAUCAUGAAGUUGCUUCAUUAUUGGAUGCAGUAGCUCUUUCAUCACUCAUUUAUCUCCCUCAGUGGCAGAAGUUAUUGGAAUACCUUCUUAAGAAAGCUGCCUAUUUGAAAUGUGGCCAGGUGGCAGGUUCGUCUAUAGCAGCAUUGGCUGAAUUUUUAAUGACUACACCUGAUAAAGCAAAUACUUUGGGAAUUCAGGACAGCAUCAGACUGCUUCUUUCAGAAUGCCCUCAUCUUAUUGGAUCCCUUCCACAGUCAUUCUUCAAAUUCCUUUUGAAGCAACAUUCAAAGGACUCUGCCACCAUGCUCUCCGUUUUACUUCUCAGGCACAAUCCAGAUUUUCUGUCAUCAUUCAGAAGAACUGUAUUGAAGAAUAUGGACAUUUUACAAUGUGCAUCUCUUGUUUUCUCAUUACUGACAUGUUCCAGUCAUGUCCAAAAUGAAAUGUCAAAAGAUGAUGAGUUUCUUAGAAAACUUUAUGAGUUGCAUGGUACUGAUGUUCACAAAAGCAUUAAGAAGCCAAGUAAAGCUAAGUCAUGGAUGCUUACUAAUGUUCCAGGUGUAACAUUAGUGUUGGAUAAGUGUUUCGAUCAUGAAACGUAUUCAAAAAUCCUGCCAGCAAUAUCAGAAAACAUAACCCAAAUGACAGUUGUUGACCAAUUUUAUUUAAACCUUAUAAAAGCUGUAUUUUUUAGUGCCUGGAAAAAUGAAAAUAAGAAUACAGAACACAUACUGUCAUUUGUGAAGAUGCUUCUACCAUUAAUUGUGAGAGUUUUGGAAGAAGGCACAACAUCUGCUGCAGAUCUGGUCAUACUACCAGAAUUGAUAAAUAAUUGUGCUGACAAAUUGAACUCUUUAACUGAGUUGAAAGUUUUGAAAGGGGCACAAUUGUGGUUCAACUUUUGUCGAGUUUGUUUGAAAUUUGGGCUACAAAAUGAAAAUGAAUAUCAUUCAGUGCUACUUCCACUUCUCACCAGGUUCAUCAGUGGCGUCUACGAAGAAAACAGCAAUUCUGCUGAGGCAGUUACAUUAUUCCAAAUGACUGUAUCUCAUUCAAGAUUUCUCAGUGUUGUCCUUGGCAAAACUCAGGCAAAGGGUAACCUUGUGAGACUGCUUUUGACGCUAGCAACAAGAGCACCCUCUGUCAUGCUUCCAGAACAUGUACCUGUCCUUUUGGGAGCAUAUGGUGCAACGUUAUCUAGCACAGACCAAUUGAUUUUGCAGUUGUUACAGAAGUAUGAAUCGUCAGGUGUGACACUUGAGAGAUGCCAGCCAUAUUUAUGGGGCGAGGCAGCAGUGAAUCAUUAUAGUGUGAGAGUCCAAGGUAGCUCAUCUCUUUGGCAGCAGCCCCACGCCAAUCAAGUGCUAGAUAUGUUGGAUUCUGCUGUUCUGCAGACAACAGUUUCAAGAUUUCCCUGUGAGAGAGAUGUACAGGUUUUAAAUAAUAUGCAUCAUGACGACUCAAGUAUUUAUGAUCCUGCAUUUAUCUUGCCUCUGUUGAGUAAGUUGCUGGCUCCAGAAUCACCAGUAAGACCACAAAAGGUCAUUCACAGUGAUGCACUGGCAUUAGUUCUUGCUGCUCUUGGGAGUGAAUGUAACACAACUAGAUCAGCAGCUUGGCAUGUAAUUGGACAACUCUACACACAUCUUGAAGCUACCAACUUUGGUAAGGAACGCCACCUAUGGAUACAUCUGCUGGAUGUCAUUCGCUGUGGUGCUGCGGAUAUCAUGAAAUCUGACAAGAUUGACACUGAAUUUGUCACUCCAAAACUUUCAUGCAUAGUGUCAACAUUCCUCGCCAGGGCUUCACUAUUAAUUUCUCAACCACUGCAUCCUUUGUAUCAGCCUUUGCAUAAUUUCAUUCUUGCCAAACCUUCAUUGUACCUGUUGAGUAUCCCUGAAUUCCUUCCACUUUUUCAUAGUUCUGAUCUUCAGCACAGUAUUCAUCGACAGUGGAUUUUGGAAGUUAUAAGAGAUGGUUUAAAAAGUCCUCAAGACAUUGAAUUGUGCUUCAGAUGUGUAUUGUUCAAGUUACUUCUGGACUAUUAUUUUUCAAUUUUGGCUGACACUGAAACUAAGGUGUUGAUUGUCUCAGUGUUGGAAUCUGCACUGAAAGUGCCAGGUGCAGCCAAGCUUCUUACAAAUAGCUACAGUGUAAUUGUAUGGAUGAUGGCUGCAGUGGAUCGUUUGGCCAGUAGUGAAACAGGCCUUGCCAGAGCAUUGCUUGGUGCCGUUGCAGCACUACCAGUUACAUUACCAUCACUACCAGCUCUUUUGAUAAAUUUCUUAACCCAUUUACCCGCAACCGUAUUGGACUUACGUAAAUAUUUGGAGGUACUGAUGUCCAUCAAGGUGAAUCUCCUGGACAGAAAGCACCUUAAUACCUUGCUGAAUAAAGCAGAAGAAAUCCUCAACGACGUGGAUGACUGCAAAAUGCUGUUGAAGUAUGAUGGGAAAUUUUAUAUUCAAGAAGAUAUCAAAGAUAUACAACAUGAAGAAGAAAGGACAAAACUGUUGCUUAAAAACAUAAUUCUCACAUGGUGCUGUGAUAAAUAACUAAAUUACAUAUCUUAGACUUGUAUCCCACUAUUUUAAUGGUUCACAUAACUACAACUAUAGCUUUUUUUCCCAUAUCAAACAUAGAAAUGAAAACCCCAUAACUCCAUUUUCUUAAAAUUUUACAGGAGAAGGAAAAACAGUUUCUUAAAAAAUAAAAUAUAGUGAUACAGAUAAAGUGGCUAUUUGUGUAACUAUAUUUUAGAACUGUAGCUAUUGACAGAUUAUAGAAAUUGGUGUACUUUCAAAUCUCUCAUUGAUAAUGGAAAUACUGGUUAUCGAAAUUAAGAGAUUUUCACAGACAAAUGGAGUUAUGAGUUUUCAUUGCCUACCAUCAAUAUAUAACAGUUGAAAUGAUUUUUUGUCAUUUAAUAGUGUUGUAUAUCCCUCAGUGAUACCACCAUAUUUGUUAAGAAGAAGAAAAAGCUGUCAACCACAUGAAUGAUAAUGUAAAUAUGGAACAAAGCUUGUAAAAUAUUGUAUUAUAUUCGUAAACAAGUAUAUGAAACAGUUAUUUAAUCAUGUGACAUUAUUUGUUGGGUAUCCAGAUAUAAAUAUUCCACGAAUCUAAGCAAAAUAGCUAUUGACACAAAUAUGUGCUGCUUCAAACACGUAUGAAAACCAGUUAUAACCAAAUACAACCAGACAGAGUGAAAGUUUCAAGAAGUCAUACAUACAUAGAGAGAAAUAUUUGAUCAUGUGCUUUCAGAAUGUAUGUGCUUGUGUGGUAAUCAUCCUGAAUACAAGCAGUGUCAAUAGACUACCCACAGCAUUACAUUUAAUGAAUAAUUGUUACCCUCUUCAAUCAUGGAGACCCCUGUAAAUGAGAAACAUCAUCAUCAUAAUGACUUCAUUAGGCUACAUUUCAUUAUAACAAAGAAAGCAGACCCAUGUAAACACUGAACUCACAUACUGAGUACUUUGUAAAAUGUUUGCUUCUUCCUUUGACAAAAGAUUAACCUUGCCUAUUGUUCCAUUUGGUAUACAUAUUGAUGUGUACUUACUGCUAUUUCAGCAUAGUUUUCUUAUUUGGUAGAAGUAUUUUGUUAUACCACGCAGAAUAUAUAGAUUUUUUUUCAAAAUGAGAUGUUUUAAGGUUCUAGGUUUGUUUUAAGGUUUGAAAGUACAAAACAAGCUUAGAUAAAUUGUUUAAAAUUUUAAUAUAACGAACUGUAGAAUUAUAAUGAUUACAAGUGGUCAACAGUAACAUGUGAUUUGUGAAGUGUACUUUAGAACUGACACAGCCAAUCACAUAACCAGGAAAACAGAGCUUUAGAUUAUAAAGUAUGAAAGUCGUUUAUUCCAACAUGCUCUUCCUUAGGGUGUGUUCGUAUUGUCAUCUUCAUUCCAUGAAUAUUUCUUUGUUUGUAAUAACUUUGGUGCUACAUAUCCCUCUGGCAGAGAGGUAUGUAACUGUACAUCUUCAUAGUCGACAAAUGAUAGUAGCAGUAGUGAAACCAUACAAUAUGAAAAUAAAAUGCUGGUUGAAGGUUUACAGUAUCUGUUUUGCAUGUGACACAUGGAUAGUUGGACACUGCACAUCUACAGGGUUUGACAGUGAUUGUACCAUGACUAUGAGUUGCAAUGCCUGUAUGUAAUUUGUAUCUUCCCCAUUUCAGCACCCCAUAUUGGAACAUCAUGGUGCACAACUGAGUAAAAGCACAUGUAAUAACAGUAUAGCUUGACAUGGCGCAAAAUAAAAGAAAUCAAGUGAAUUAUCAAAGUCAUCUGUUUCAUGUCAGAACUUGAGACACAUAUCCAUGUCAUGUUUACUGUAUUGUACAGUACUGAACGGGAAGAAGUGAUUGUGCAUUGAGAGAGAGUAAACAAGGUCGGUCAAAGAAGAAAUGCUUUGUAUUCCUUUAGCAAAAAUUAAUAUUUGUUAAAAUACUUGGAUUCGAGCAUAAGCAAGAGUGCAUCAGUGACGAAGUCCAUCGUGUUUCUAUCCACAUGGUAUGAAGAGAAUUUUGAUUUCAAUUGCGGAUGUUCAGAGCUACCAAAGGUAAUAAGCUAAAAUAAGAAUACUUAUAACAUUUGUAUUUGAAGGGAAACAUGGAAGCUAGGGCUGAAUGGGCCAUGAAACAGGGGGAGAGCACAAAAUGUUUUGCUUGUAAAAUGUAAUAAAUACAAUGUAACUGAAAUCAUGUUAGGUAUCACUGAUAGGUGGACUCUACAUAAUUAUAAGUGGUUACAGGGUUUGUAUCCUCAGCUGAGGACCUCCUAUGCUAUUUGUCAAAAUUAUGUAGACAUUGGGUUUGUGAAGUACAGAAAUAUGUGAAUACCAAAUUAUUAACUUUUACCACUGUAUUUCCAUGCUCACUACGCCGACCUGACCUAACUGUGUCUGACAUCCCAACACCAAGUAAGACGGACUUAAUGGAAUUCUACAGUGAGCCAAAAAAAAAGACAUACAUUCCAAAUUGAAUCCCCAUGAGUUGAAAAAGUUCUGCUCUGUACAGGCAGCCAGUGAUGCAAUGGCUUGGCGAUUGUGUUGUUUUGCUUGCUGCAGAAAAGAUUGAUGAUUCUGUUGUUUCACUCCCUUGUUAGCUUUUGGGCUAAUUCCUUUAUGUGUUAUGAUUUCGGAAUUCAGUCGGGCAAAGUGCAAGGGCGAAUGUAUCCUUCUUCCAUUUACAAUUUUUUAGACUUAGGCCAGUUGACAUGUGCAUUUUUGCAUUGUAAGCACAGAAAGAUGUCUCAGUUACAAUGCUUGCUGCUUACAUAGUGACUACCCAUCAUAAUGAUUCUUCUGUGGAUUCACUUGGUGCUUCCAUUUCCUUCACGUUGUCCUGAUGUAGUUCUUAGCUGCACCAUUUUCAGUAACUUGCAAAUUUACUUAAACGCUUCACUCAUGAAAUUCAUUCCUUGUUCAAUGAUUAUGCUGCAUGAUUAUCCAAACUUUGGAACCCACUCCUUGACAAAAACUUUAGCACUUUGAUCAGGCAUUGGUAUCGUGAGAAGAUAUCUGGAGGAAUUAUAUAAUGUGGUCAAUAUGUAUUUAUUCCCAUUGUUAGUCAUAGGUAAAGGUCCAACAACAGCAAUUCUUACAUUUUGAAUGGUUUAAUAUUUUCUGUCAGUUCUUCUAAUGGUGCCUUAGAUUUUUCCAAAUUAUUCCCUCUAUUACGGGACUCACAUUGUGAAACAAACUCAGAAAGUCAGCUUUAUGACUUGGGCACCAAAACGUCUAAGCUAUUUUAAUGUCCAUUGCUCUUUCACUGCAGUGUCAUAAUGAAGAAUCAUGCUGUUCUGUCAUGAUUUGUUUUCUUAUGCUUUCCGGAGUUACUUGACAGUUUUCUUUACUAUUGAUUUUGUACAGAUAUCCAUCUUCUUCAACAAAACACUGAUCAUUUUUCCAUAUUUUGCAGCGUGAAUCUUCCUCUUGAGCUGCUUUUAACUUUUUCUCGUUACUUAUUGUAACACGAAUACGAACUGUUCAGCUCAUUGUGUCAGUAUGUACAUGUAAUUAACCAGGUCAGUGAAUAACUUUAAACUUUAACUCACUUAGUUUCAGAGCCUCCUUGUUAAUCUGGGACUUUGGUCCUUUUAGGUCAGUAAACAUUUAAGUACAACAUGGUCAGUAAUCAAGUUAAAUUCCCGUCCUGUCAGAAAACAUCUGUUGUGUGUUAUGCAAAAACCAAAACACAAAGUUCCUUUUCUGUUGCAGUAUAAUUACAUUCUUCUUUGCUUAAUUGUUUGGGGGCAAAUGGUAUUGGGUAUGCAUGGCUGUCAGUUUCUUGAUACAAAAUAGCACCAACAGCAAAAUUCGAAGCAUAUGUCAAAAGAAUGAAGGGCCUGCUGAAAUCUGGAUAAGCUGACACUGGAGCUGUGGUUAGGGCAGUUUUAAGUUCCUCCAUUCAUUUGCAUUCUGUCGACCAAUUAAAUGCGAUUCCUUUUCUCAGUAGCAUCAUCAUUGGACAUGCUAUAGUUGCAUAAUUGGCUAAUAAAUUUCUAUAGAAAUUUACUAAUCCCAAGAAUGAUUGUAGUUCCUUUAAAUUCUGCAGCUCAGGGAAGCUCUUGACAGCUUCGGUUAAUUUUGGGUCAGAAUGGACACCUUUGCUCCUUAUAACAUGUCUAGUGUUCACUUGACUUUGUGUAAAAUGACAUUUAUCUAUUGAUUAGCACUUCUUAUAUGCUCAAAAACUGCUUGAAGUCAUUCGGUAUGUUGCUUCUUGUUUUCGUCAACAUUAUUACGUCGUCAAGAUAUCCGUCAAGAUAACCAAAAAAUUUCAUCUGCACAAGAAACCCAGAGUUUAGACCAUGUUUAGUAAUGAGUAAAUGUGUAAUGUAGUUACUGCAUUCAUGGUAUUCAUUAAUGAUGCUGAGUGAUUGAUACUGCUUUUCUAGUAUGCAUACUAUGCUGAAUCAAGUGAGUGACAUGUAAAUUUGAAUGUUCUCAGAAAACAUCCACGUAUUCCAACAAAAAGGCACUAAAAUCUUCUGCUCUCAACUGUCAAAUGUUCUAUCUUCUGCCAAAUCUUGUUCUUCAGUUCAUUAUUAGCUCUGACUCUUUGUUGCAAUUUUUCAUUAUUCUACAAGAUCGUCUUCGUGACUGCAACAUUUCAUACCUCAUUUGGAAUAUGUGUGACAACUUUUACAUAUAAUAAAAACUCCAGCAACCUUUGUUCCUCGUGGCAAUACAAUGUCUUCAUGGAAAAUGUUCAUUAUUGUUACUGGGACUCUAGCUACACUCUGUCUCACGAUUGUAGCAACACCUACACUUCUGGCAACAUGGCAGUGGAUCUUGUCCAAUAAUACACAUUUACCUGACCACUCACUCCUUAACAUAUCUCCUUUGCAUUGAUGUACCUUGACUUUGAGGUUGAUUGUUUUUCCUGCUCCAUGGGGAAUGUGCUGAAGCUGGUCAAUUUGCACACUGACUUGAUAGGUUUGAACUGGUGCAUCAGCUGGGUUGACCAACAUCACAAUGUCAGUGUUGCUGCACCUUUGAAUACAAUCUGGAGAAUUAUUUCCUAUGUCAUUGUUACUAGGCCUAAUCUGAUCAUUUUAUAUGCAACAAAUAUUGCUGCCCCAGUUGUGGACAAGAAAUCAAAUCCAAGUACACCAUCAUAGCGAGUUUCAUUGUUUGAAGUCCGCCUUCAUAGUGCAGCGGUAGUGUUACCGCCUGCCACACAAAGGGGCCCGGGUUUGAUUCCUGGCAGGGGACUGGGUGUGGGGUGUCCUACAUCAUCAUUGACACACAAGUCGCCGAAGCAGUGUCAACUAAAAAGGCUUGAAAUAUGGCGGACGAACCCCGAGAGGAGAUAUCCCGGCCAAUAAAUGCCAUACGAUCAUUUCAUUUCAUUGUUUGAAACUUCUUGCAUCCUCACUGUGUAUUUUUCUUGUCUUAAACAUAAUUCUACAUCAACCCCUCCAUGGUUACAUAACCUCUUGCCACUUAAUCUGUGCACAUAUAACUGUAUAUUUUAUCAAUGGCACACCAUGUUGGUUAGAUCCAUGCUCCUGUUGCAAUAUGUAGCUCGAUUUGUCAUCCGUGAUAUAUAUCAUGCAUCACAAAAAUUGUUUUCAAUCUCAUUUCUGGUGGAUCUAACAGGAUGUAGCAUGCGACAGAUGGUGCAGUGGCACGUACAUGCCUGCAUUCAGUUAAUGAUCUGGCAGGUUGUUGCUCACACUACCUUUUCUUUUAUUGUGGCAAGCCCUUGAUACAUGUCACUGUACCCUACAAACAGAUUCGUUUGUCCUUAAACAUUCUUUUCGCUGGUGACCAGGCUUCUUACAUCUGUUACAUUCUUGUACAUUUGUAUUAAACAUACAGCACUCUUCUUUUCACACAUCAUUUGGCCAUCUGAAUGCUUUCACAAAGCCAACAGCUGCAUCUACUGCUUCCUGAAAGGUCUUACUUCAUGCAACUCUGAUUGCUUUGCUUACUUCUCUCCACACAAUCCAUGGAUGAAUGUGUCCAAGGCUCUCAGAUCAGGCUUGUUUCCUGUGACAAUGACAAAAGAUGCAGCACCACGCAUUCCACUAGAGAUGGUUUCCUGUGCAUGCAAAAAGGGCACACAGCAGUAUGUGGAUAUCGCAAAUCUUGUAUGAACUGCUCCUCGACACACAAACACUGUUGCCGCUUAUCUUGCAAGAACGCUCCAGAAAUUUGGCUCCACAAGGACGAGGAAGACAUAGAAGGUAUGUUCCAGGAUGAGGAAGUUGUUGAAAGUGUCCUAUGGAUCCUGAAGGGUGGAUGGUGAACCGGAACUUGCUGCAGUCUCCCAAAUGACCUCAAUGGAAUUGAAAAUUGAUAAAAUGUUGAUCUCUGAUAUUUAAAUUAUUUUUAUUAUGUUGUCAUUCCUUUUAUUUGUCCAUUUGUACAAAUGUUAUAUUACUCAUACAUAAAUACAUAUUGGCCAUAACUGUG